AUGGCACCACAAAGCUCCAUUUUUGUGAAAAAGGAUUUAAAACAGCAAAAGAACAUUCCAGAGUUCAUCUCUGCCUCGGAUUGGCUCUCAAGAGUCCUUGAUCUCAACCCACUAGAUUAUCGGCUUUUGUCCGAAAUGAAAAGAAUGACUCCAUGCGGGGGGGCGAUUAGCCCCAUUACCCCCCUCAGCUCUGGGCCCGACAGGACCCACAUCGUGCCGGCUGGAUGUCGCAGGGCUCUCAGGAGAAGAGUUCUCGUGGGAAUACUUGAAUCCUGCGGUUGA